UUGUGUACUUGAAAUAGGGAAGUUAAGCACCAUGUUCCCAAGGUGGCCUCGCUCCUAAAUGCACUACAUGCAAAAGUAAAAGAAAACGUUUUUUUUUUUAUGCAAGAAACAUGAUUUAUUUGAGGUUUAAUGACUUUUGGUGUGAAAAACCAGAUUGCAAUAUUGCUGUUAAUUUGAUAAAAUGUCACCAGCAGCCGGCCUGAGCACAAACCUCAUAAAAAGUCCCUGGCUAAUGGCUUGAGAUGUGCUGAUAUUGCAUCACGCAGAGAGCCUCUACAGCCCGUGCCUGUGUGCAGCAGUGUGUUGCUGGCGUGCCCGGACACAGUUAAACUCAGGAGGGAACUGUAGAUUAUCAAAUUCCUCAUGUGUGGACCAGCUGUCUUUCGUGUGUGUGUGUGUGUGUGUGUUUGGGGUUUAGACAGAAGCUGUGGUUUGGCCCUCAUCGAGGGUCUCUGAGAAGUGCUUAUGUGGCACCUCGGCUCCCCCUCAUUAUUUUCUGAUGUCUGUCUUCGUUCCACUUUCCAUCUUUUGGGUGUUUGUUGCUUCGGAGGGAUUGUUUGCAUCAAAAAGAAAAAAGUACCCUUCUUCUCGCCUUAAAUGUGAAUUAACUAUCAAUAGCGUUGAAUCCCAAAACACUCGGGACAGUUUCCCUCCACGUCUCCAUCUGUGAUCCCGGCCCUCCCACCGUCUCUCGCUUCCUGUCUUUAAUUACGGGGGCCUCUGAUUGGCCGAGACUUUCUGAGGGCUCUGCCCAAUCAGGCACCUCGUUGAGGCGUCCCUCGGCCCCCUCAGGUGGGCUAAUGAACGGGCUCGGUUUAAAACGCUGCCAGAUUCCUUCUUCAGGUCAGUCAGAAAGGCCACGGGGACCCGGGUGCACCAGGAGCCCCUUCCAGACGCACACAAACACACUCACACACACACACACACACACACACUCACACUCAGUGUUUGAGCCCGAGUCACCUGGUCUGGCGACUUCACUCGAGUCCACAUCUGGAACCGCAGAACGAAGAUAAGAUAAGCACAGAGGAGGAGGAGGAGGAGGAGGUCAAGUCAUGGCUGGAAGGAGGAGAAGCGGUUUCUCCGGCGUCGUCACCACAACUCUGCUGGCUGUGAUUCUGCUGCCUGCAUUCUUGUCUGCCGGACCGAUUGUGCAAAAGCCAAAAGAAGAUGCGGGAGAAGCCGUCCAGGAGACUGCAGCCGCUGCAGAGCUUCACCGCAAGUUGAUCCGAAACCGCAGGAACAUCAGCUGGUACAAACAGAACUCGGACUUCUGGGGCUGGUACAAGUACUUCACUGACAACGGCAACCAGGAGGCAGUUCAGGAGAUGGACCGCAUCUACCUGGCCUACCUCCAGAACAAGAACCGCGCGGAGGGACGCCGCUCCUACAAGGCCUACUUGCGCCACCUUGGGGAUGUCUACAAGUCCUGCGCCGAUUCCGACGACCCCAACUGCGUGUCUUCCUACACCAGCAGGCCCAAGCCGGAGGCCCCUAAACCCGCGCCCGUGAAAACCUGUGACCCCACGCAGGACGCCUACUGCCUGUACGCCGCUUUGGUGCAGGGGAAGAGCCCCUACCAGCCUCUGGCGCUCCCGGCCGCCGCCCCGGCACCAGUGAAGGCCCCGGCCCCGCAGUAUGCCCGCUCCGCUGCUCCGGCGAAGGACCCCCAGUCUGGGUAUUACUACUACUCGCCAUCCGCAGCGUCCUUCCUUUCUAAGGAGCAGAAGGCCGAGCUGCUGCGUAUCUGCGCCUCUGACGAUGUCGAGUGCCUGCAGUACCACUUGAGAGCGGCCUACGGGUACGGACCCUCCGCCGGGCCCAUGCCUUCCUACUCCCACCUCGGCUGUGACCCCAGCAAAGACCCCAAUUGCAAACCCAAGCUGGUGCAGAAAGCCCCCUCUGGUCUCUACCUGCAGUACCCCAACUGCGAUCCACGGGAUCCCCGCUGUGCCCACGCCGCCUCCCUCGUGGCGCCCCGUGCCCCCAACCCUCCCGCCGCCGCCGGACCCGGAUCCUGCAACCCACUGUACGAAGAGGGCUGCAACCCCCUCACUGCCACCAGAUUCGCCACCCCCCCUGAGGCCUAUCAAAGUGAAGAAGAAGACGAGGCCGCGGCCAUCCGCGCCGCUCCUCCCGCCGUGCAGAACGACCCCUACGCCACGUUCAGGGAUGCUUAUGCCAACGCGAACAGAGUUAAUGAUCCCUACGCCAUGUACCGCCAGGCUAGCGCCGCAGCUUCUGCUCCAGCUACUCCCCCGGCUAAUGACCCGUAUGCCAUGCUGCGCAGAUACAUGGCCCAAGCUCAAGGUAACAACCCGUACGCGACACACAGGGGGGGCGGCCCGCACGCAGAGGCCGCUCCAGAGGCCAACCCCAAUGACCCUUUCUCCGCAAUCCGCGAGGCGGCGGCUGCCAUGCAUCGCCGCGGGCAACCGGCCGCGAGGCAGCAGUUCCCUUUUGCCAAUCCCAGUUAUGAGGAGCCCGCCCAUGACGAGCGCCACCCUCUGGGGCCCCCGGGUAAAACCAAGGAGGGCCACGACUGCUUCAUCGGCUACGAUCGCGAAUGCUUCCCCGCGACGCCCGCCGAGCCUCGCUCCGGGAUCCACCGCCGCGUCCCCUACCCGGCCGAGGCCUACGAGCCCCACCUGAACGCCGACGGCAGCCGCAGCGGAGUGGUGGAGCCUUCCGACCCGCACUGCGACCCCGAGUACGACCGCAACUGCCGCCUGCGGCGCCGCGAGGAGGCCCAGCCCGAGCGCCGCGCCGAGGACGACCACCGCGGCCAGGGGGCGGCAGAGAGCGAGCAGCAGGAACCGGAGCAGUACGAGCCGGAGCCCUUCCAGAGCGGCCAGGAGGAGCCUCGCAGUCCCUACCAGCCGCUGUCCCAGGGCAUGCCGAGCCUCCAGGACAUACUGAGGCGCUACGGCGACCAGUACCCCGAGCAGGAGGAUCACAGAGCCUACGCCAACGACUACCGCAAGAAAUAAAACACACACGCACGCUCCAUGAAGAUGGACAUGCAACCUCGUAGCUUAGCCGAUGGCCGCCCGAAGCAGUGAGAGAUAUGGGACACGAGAGAAAUCUAUGGACCCGAUGAGCGAGCACUUGUUUUUAUCCAAACAAACCUUCCAGCUUGUGCGAGUUUUCUCUUUAGACGUGUCGCUUCGGCCUCUUUCCAGCGUCGACCUCCUCAAACCACUCAAAUGGGUAAUGACUUCUCGGGGCUCAGCUUUGCUUCCGAACCUGCGCAUCUCACAUUUUGUUUAUGGGUUCGUUACGUUUUGUCAGUGAUGGAUGAUGUAAAGAAGUUUUACUUCCUUUUGAAUGUUCUAAUAAAAAGCUGUAUUAAGCUGG